CGACCGGAGACCGCAAUACACUGUGUUGGGUGGUCGUCACAUGUAUAACUUCUCUACGGCAAAACCUCAUAAUUGACAGUCAUGGCUGAACUAAACAUUGGCGAACAUUGUUCCGUUCAUUCCUGUCAACAGUUGGAUUUCUUACCUUUUGAGUGCAAAUGGUGUCAUCAGAUAUAUUGUUUGAGCCAUAGAUCACCAGAUGACCAUCAGUGCAAGGAGUAUGACAAGGUUGACCUGCCUACCUAUGAUGGAGUGAGGUCGUUACCUUGUUCCUUGACAGAUUGCAGGAAUAAUGAACUCGUGCCAGUGGUCUGCGAACACUGCCGAAAAAACUUUUGCUUACAGCACCGACAUCAAGUAGAUCACAACUGCUCUGAGUACAAGGUAGAUUCAGGGGAACCCUCGAAAACUGCCCAACAUAUCAGUAAAAUACUGGAAAUACAAAGUGCAAAAGCCCCAAAGAAACCCAUCGGUCGGAAGUCAAAAGCAACAGCCGCCAAAGUGGCGUUGAUGAAGAUUAAGAUGAAGGCAGUUGGAGAGAAGAGCAUGCCAGAGACAGAGAGGGUCUACCUUCAGAUCAUGCUGCCCCUUCAGUGUACAGACAGGAUGAAACCAAUGUUCUUCUCAAAGAAAUGGACAAUAGGUCGCAUUAUUGAUGGAAUCACAAAACAACUCAAACUCAAGAAUGAGAACAACAUAGCUGGUGCAAAGAAGUUGCGAUUGUUCACUGAUGAUGGCAGGACGGUGAUAGCAGCAGAUAAGACCUUAGAAAAAUGCAUGGAGGACAUGGCGGAGGAUGUUCUAAACGGAUGUGCUGUGAUAUUAGAGUAUGUGAAUGAGGAUAGUCUUGCACUUGACGAUAUUAGUGGAUACACUGGUAAGACAUGAUUGUGAAAGUUGUGCUCACUUGUAAUAAACGACUUUAGACGCUGAUCAAGGAUUGCCUUUGGAUGUCCUCACUACUUAGUAGACUUCUGUAAGCCAA